CUAAUAAAAACAAAAAAUGACACUUCCAGACAAACGAUGAAACGCCGAAUAGCAGCUUCCUCACGAAACUUGUUUACAUCGCGAAAACGAUGGCGUGAUUCGAAUUGCGCAUGCGAUGUAAACAAGCAAAAUAGUGGGUCUACGCAUGCGCUGUAGAGCAUUUUAUUGUUUUCUUAUCGUUUCCACGUUUUCGUGGGGACGGGUCGUAUAGAAAUGAAAACACAUCGUGUGGACGCGGAUCUUUUUGAAAAUGGAACAAAAAGGUUGCGUUUUCAAACGAAAACGGAUACGUGGGGACAGGGUCUUAGUGUCAGUCUCGUGUCCUUCGAAACUGACACUUAGGACGACUGCGCAGGAGACUAGGUUUUUCGUAGAAACCAGUUUUGUCAGUUUGUUCAGGCUUUUAUUUGAAGUCAGUUUGCGUCAGGCUUUCCUUGGAAGUCAGUUUGUGUCAGGCUUUUUCAAGGAUUCAGUUUGUGCCAGACUUUCUAGUCAGUUUGUACUCAGGCUUUUCUUGUAGUUUGUACUCAGGCUUUUCUUGCAGUUUGUACUCAGGCCAUAGUUAGUAGAGGGACUACUAACUAGAGUGAUUUUCAUUAACCCGUGAACUACACUUUAGCGUAUUACACUUUAUUGCGAUCUGAUUCUAUUGUUUUCUUUUGUGUUUUUCAGGCUUUUUUAGAAGCCAGUCUUGUGUCGGGCUUUCUUUUACUUCUUUUUUCCCCAGUCCCCCUUGAUCCCAUAUGUACGGGCGCGCGCUUUGUUAGUUUUCCCUGACUGAUGGUAAGCCUGAGUGUAGACGAACUUGCGACAAAAUUUGCAAGGGCUGAUACUCAGGUUAUAAGCAGGUUAUUGCAUUGUACACUAAUUUUAGCCAGCGAGCCGGCUCUCCAGUGUGUUUUCGUUGUUCAGAAUCCCCGUGGCGCAAAAAUCAGGAAUUUCCGAAUUAGCGUACUGGAGAGCCGGCUAGCAGCAAGGGCGUUGGGAACAGAGGUUGUUUGGUAAAUUGAUUUAGAGAUGACAAACAACGAAACUCCCCUCUGAUUUGGUCGAAUUUUGCCUUGUUUUGCGACGCGCUCUCUGUGUUUAUACGUAGAUACCCGGUCAAGUUACGUUGCAUGCGUAAUCCGAGCUACUACCCCGUGGCGCGCGAACAGUCCCCGACGCGAUAUACGAAACGAGGUCGUGCUCGGAUUACGCAACGUAACUUGACCGGGUAUCUACGUAAACAUUUUUAGCAUGUUAGACGCAAAUCAUGUGACGCGUGACCUGGUGAUCUCUAAGUCUCGUGACUUAUUUCCUUUUCCGGUUUGUUGUUACUGUCAAAGAUGGCGGCGUGCUGCGGAAAGGUCAUCGACUCGCUUUUAGAGUACAACACGAGUAAAAUAGUGCACAUUAAAAGUAAAAAGGUCGGUCUAAUCAACAGACUCAUACAGCUCGCUAUUAUUGGAUAUAUUAUCGGAUAUGUUAUUAUAUACAAGAAAGGUUACCAGGAAGUAGAAAAGCCAUACAGCUCUGUCACCACCAAGUUAAAGGGAACAUCUUUCACUAACCUAACAGGAAAUGAGUCUUUUCCUCUGUAUGGGGGCCCAUUUGUGUGGGAUCAAGCAGAUUAUGUCAUCCCUCCAGAGGAAAAUGAUGCAUUCUUUGUUGCCACAAACAUGGUCAUCACCCCAGACCAGAGACAGGGCACAUGUCCAGAGAGUCCAGAUAUAGCAAAUGUGAAGUGUACAAGAGAUGAGAACUGUACUCGCAUGGAAGAAACAUCAUAUGGGCAUGGGUUUCAGACUGGCAAAUGUGUACCAUCUGACCAAGAAAAAGGCAUCAAGGUCUGCGAGGUGUUCGCUUGGUGUCCAGUGGAGCUGGAUAUUACCCCAAUGCCACAGUUUCCAAGUCUAAAGGACAAUAAGCCUCUAUUAGAUGCCAGAAAUUUUACUGUGUUGAUCAAAAACACUGUUCAAUUCCCAUCAUUUGGAGUAUCAAAGAGAAAUAUCGCCCCUGAUGCUGACACGUCAACACUCAAGUCAUGUCAAUAUGAUAAAGACACCUCUCCUCUGUGCCCAAUUUUCCGCUUGGAAACCAUCACCAAAGAAGCAGGUCAAGACUUUAAUAAGUUGGCAUAUAAGGGUGGAGUGAUUGGGAUCAUCAUCACGUGGAACUGUGACUUCGACUCCCUGCUGUAUUCCUGUGAGCCUGUCUACUCUUUUAGAAGAUUGGACAAUGCAAAUGCACCAAUUGCUAAAGGAUACAAUUUCAGGCAUGCAAACUAUUAUGUAAAGAAUGACACCCUACACCGAACAUUAUUCAAAGCUUAUGGCAUCCGCUUUGUUGUUACAGUAACUGGACAGGGUGGCAAGUUUAAUGUGGUUCCACUUUUCCUGAAUCUUGGCUCUGGCCUUGCUCUUCUUUCCAUUGCAACUGUAUUAUGCGAUGUGGUGGUUCUAUAUGUACUGAGAAGAAAAGAAUUCUAUCGGGAAAAGAAAUACCAGUAUGUCGUAGAAAACAGUUCAGAUGAGGCCCUUGUAAACCGCAAGCCAUCAUAUGUGAAGACAGAGACUGGCUAUCAGAACCUGAUCAGCUAAUGUGACCACCCUCCAAGAAGAAUGGAUAAAUAAAUGGUAUGAGCAAAAGACAAUUUCUAAAUCUAUAUCAAAGCCAAACAAAAAAAAAAAAUAAGAAAAAACAUCUAGCACUUAUCUUAAGACAAUUUACCAAUCUUUACAAAAGCAAAAGAAAAAAAAUAGCACUUUUCAUCUUUGAUGUAAAAAAGAAAUGCUAUCCUAAAAUAUUUGUAUUAAAAUACCAGAUUUGUUCAUAAUAGAAAGAGUUGGCUGUGUGCAGUAGAACAGCCAAUGAUGCUUUUUAGUAUUAAAUAUUCCAAAUACUGAAA